AUGACUGCUGUAACUGAUGUCGAGUAUACCGCCAAGGAGGUCGCAGCUCAUGCGGCCUCUGAGGAUUGUUUCAUGGUUAUCCAGGGCAAGGUCUAUGAUGUUACAAAGUACAUUCACGACCAUCCUGGCGGAAGUGAUAUUCUGGUAGACGCAGCGGGAACUGAUGCUACUGAGGCGUUUGACAAUGCCGGUCACUCAGAGGAUGCUUUUGAGAUCAUGGCGGAAUAUCAAGUUGGUAUUUUGAAGGGAUCAUCCAAAAAGGCUGCACCCAAAGCCGUCAAGCUCAUUGCAACGCCAAAGAAGCCCGCCAAAGCACAAUCUUCCAGCAUCGUACCCACGGCGGUUGGAGCUACUGUGAUUGCACUUGGCGCACUUGGUUACUACCUGUACCCUCAAAUCAGUGGCGGACGUGCUUCGUCAGUUUCAUUUUCGCUACCAAAGGCGAGCUGGCUCAAGGCUAGCGGUCCCCAAGCUCAGCGCUUUGGCUUCGUCGAGGGGUUCCUCGUGGCAUCCGGAGCCGUCGCGGUCGCUGGUUCCGUACUUUUCAAGAGAGGCCUGGAACUCCUCGACAUGCACGGGGACUUUACAAAAUAUCCAUCUCACCUCAAGUUGCCCAAGCCGGUCAAGUCGGAGCCGCUGCUGGAGCGUGGUUGGUUGCACCCAACAACAUACCAGACUCUGCCACUGGUAGCCAAGAUUGAGCUUGCACCCAACACGUACAAGUUUGUGUUUGAACUUCCAACGCCCCAGACUGUUCUCGGUCUGCCAAUUGGCCAGCAUGUCUCUAUUGCGGCCACUAUCGACGGCAAGACAGUGAGCAGAUCAUACACGCCAGUAUCGAACAAUGCAGACAAGGGGGUUCUUGAGCUUGUGAUCAAGUGUUACCCUGACGGACUUCUCACUGGACGUUACCUGGCCAACCUGAAUCCCGGUGAUGAGGUCCAGUUCCGAGGACCAAAGGGUGCCAUGCGCUACCGACCUGGACUUUGCAAGAAAAUCGGCAUGCUCGCCGGUGGUACAGGCAUUACACCCAUGUACCAGCUCAUCCGUGCCAUCUGCGAGGACGACCGCGAUCUCACAGAAGUCAGCCUCAUUUAUGCCAACAGGACGGAAGCCGACAUUCUCCUAAGAGACGAGCUGGAGACCAUGGCUCGAAAGUACCCACAGAACUUCAAGCUCUACUACCUCUUGGACCAACCACCGGCCGACUGGCAGUACGGCUCCGGUUAUGUCACCAAGGACCUAAUGGCCGAGAAGUUCCCUGCACCAAGUGCUGAAUCCAAAGUCCUUCUUUGUGGACCUCCAGGCAUGGUGAAUGCAGCCAAGAAGUCGCUCCAAGACCUCGGCUUCGAGAAGCCGGCUGCGCUCUCGACUAUGCGCGACCAAAUAUUCUCCUUCUAG